UCCCUCACAUUCACAUGUGAAUUACUUCUUCUUUUCUUAAGGUUUCGUCAGUGCAAAAUGUUCAGGGUGGUAAAUACACAGUUCAGUCAUCAUGAUUGGAACAUUGUAUCUUUCAUAAUAAAGAGGAAAACAUGCUAUUUCUGUUUCUUGAAGAUCUGUGAGUGGAAGCAACACUUCAGAGCAAAUGAAGUGAAGAAAAUAGAAUCAGGAGUCAAUAGAUCUCCUUGUUGACAUUGUAAGUAGCACUACUUUUAUUUUUUACAUUUGAAUGAGUCGGCCACUUUGGCUUCACGAAUGAGAGGACAUUGAGGUCAAUCUUAAGGAUUGGCUUGAAGACAGAAAGAAGAGAUUUGGUUUUAUUUGGACCUUAGAUUGUUCUACUGAUGGUCACAUUUUUCUGCCAAACCCUCUGUUAGUUAUCUAUUAUUUCUGGUAGACAGUAGUCUGAGUUCAGAGAGCAAAGGCCCAAAGGAAAGUGAGCAACAGGAUUAGGCUUUUGGCAAGAAAAGCAAAAUUUACUGACAAAGAACGUUUAAAACUGUUGGUUGGUAGUCUUGUUUUGUGUUUUCACGUUUAGUUUGUUGAUGGAUUGAAGGUCUGGGAGGACCACCAUGGUAAAAUUACACAUUUCCCAGAACAACCCAGAGCUGAGUUAGGUUUGAACUCAAACGCAUGUUGCAUCAAGUCUACUCGGAAGUUUCAUUUGAAGAGCAGAGCAGUACAACCACAAGUUAAUGCCUGCUAUAAAGUAAAUGAAAAUGAACCUAUGAGCAUAGGUACUUACUCACUAGGAUAGUAGGUGCACACACACAAAAAAGGUUGUCACCCAAAUGUAAAAAAAAGGGGUUAAAUUGUAGUGAACGUGAAACUUUGUGUAAUAUAAUUGUUAUUACAACUUGUUUAUAAUUUCUAUAAUGUAUUUUUUACUUGGAGGAAUUGUAAUGAUGUUAAUUCUGGUAAAAAGAAUUACUAGUUAAUAAUUUAAAUGUUUUGUUGAUUGUAUGAUGACACCUAGUCACGCCGACCCAUGCCUCUGUUGUCUCUUUACAUUAAAGACCACAAUUGUUAGCGACUUUAAGCGUCACUCUAGCUAUUUUGGUCAGAUUUAUUUCCUUUCAUCUCAUAAUGUGUUCACUCAAAGUAAUCUGUGUGUGUUCUGUUCCUCCUUCACACAGCAUUAUGACCAUAUCAGAGUACGAGCUCUACUCGGAGUAUGAUUACAAUGACACCUGCGAUGAGGAUCGAGGUCCAGAAUUGCCUGAUGGAUCCACGGUCUUGGUGGUUCUGUACUACAUUCUGUUUUGUCUAAGUCUGCUUGGCAACACCACGGUGCUCUGGGUUCUCCUCCGGUACAUAAAGCUGAAGACUAUGACGGAUGUAUGCCUGCUGAACCUGGCCCUGUCUGACCUCAUCAUGGCUAUAACCAUGCCUCUCUGGGCCUACAAUUACCCAACACUUGCGUCAUGCAAACUGAUGACAGGAGCCUAUCAUUUGAGUUUCUACAGUGGGACUUUGUUUGUGACCCUAAUGAGCGUGGACCGCUACCUGGCCAUAGUCCACGCCGUUGCGGCCAUGCAAGCCCGGACACUUCGCUAUGGAAUCACAGCCAGCAUCACAAUCUGGGUUAUUUCUGUCGUUAUGGCACUACCUGGGGUGACAUUUGCUUCUUUGUACAUGGACGAAGAUGACAACAGCUCCACAUGCCAUCCCCUGUACCCAGAGGAAAGUCAGCGCUUUUGGAAGUUACUGCGAAACUUCAGCGAGAACACAGUGGGCCUUUUUGUGUGCCUCCCCAUCAUGAUUUUCUGCUAUGUGAAAAUCCUUGUCAUGCUAUCCAAGUCCAGGAACGCCAAAAAGGACAGGGCUGUGAAGCUGAUAUUCACCAUAGUGUGUGUGUUUGUGGUGUGCUGGGUGCCCUACAAUGUCACAGUUUUCCUACAGACACUGCAGCUGUUCAUGGACAUCCUGGACACCUGCGAGGCUUCAAAAACCAUCAACUCCGCCGUGCACGUUGCCGAGAUCCUUGCACUGUCUCACUGCUGUGUAAACCCAGUCAUCUAUGCAUUUGUAGGGGAGAAGUUUAGGAAGUCACUGGGCAAAGUGCUGAUGAGAUACCCCUGCUGGAGUCACCAGAGCAGAACGGCUUUCAGCCUCAGAGACACCACAGACAGAGAGACUUCCAACACACCUGUGAAGUCCGAUUAUUAAGAAUGAUAAACUCACCUUGCUACAAAGACGUGAGCUGGGUUUAGACUGUUGUGAGACAGAUAGUUUGUGCGCGUGGUGUUGUCAGUGUGACGGGUGCUUGGAGCUGUAAAAUGGUCCUCAGAUUAUUCCUCGUAAGAACAAGGGAAUCUUUUAUUUUGAAAGUCUAUAGAAUUUUAUAA